UGACGAUGUGUGUUAAUAUGUAACUAUUUUUGUUUUUGUUUUGUUUUACUGUACGGCGGGGUUAUGGGGGAAAGGACAAGGCUUAUGCGAUAUUUCACUCAGCUUUACAUAUGCUGCCAGCGCCAUGUCUAAAGGUCCCACCGCUGACACAUAGAGCCUCUAUUUAACGCCAUUACUGACCACGCGUGUUUUACUUCAUGGACAAAGAAAAGUCCGCUGACAGUCAUGGUCAGUGUUCUUGGCUGGAGAUGCAGCAGUUUAUUGGCGACCUUAUCAUAUCUGGAAACGCCUCCAGUCAGUCAGUAAAGGAGCAGCAAGAUGUACUUCACGCUGCAUGGGGGAUGACGGGAGGAGAAGCUUUGGGGCUCAAAGGCGCUCAACUCGAACCCCUGCACCAACUAGGACGAGGUCAGGACAAACCUGAAACAAGCCACAACCGACAGAUUCUGUCUGGGGCAGCAGGAAGGCGUGUAGAAGUCAGGGAUAGACAAGAGGUUGAGUAUGAGCUUCACGGCUGCACUUGCCCUGGCUGCCCAUUUUCCACCCCUCCUCCUUCCUUCGAGACUUUAAAACCCAAGAAAUCUGCACCCUCACUGCCACGGUCAGACACAAUAUACCACCCCAAAGACUUCAGCAGUACUCCUCUCAUGAACCUGAGCCAGUUCCUACCAAGAGAUGACAGUACUGAACCCGGCAGCACCACCACAUCUCACGUAGAGCACAGGUCAACCGGCUCGUCCCUGAGGGAGAAUAAAGAGACUAGUGGGCAGAGUUCUAGUUUAGCUUCAGACCAGAGCUCUGCUAGUCCUCCAUCCCAAGGUUCCUCACUGUCCCACUUCCAUAUGUUUCCCUGUUUGUGUUGCCACCGUAGCCUGCAGACCUGUGCACAGAUAUUGAGACACAAGGAAGGAGCAGAAUCUUCCUUUCCUCAUGGCCACAGCCAUCCCCAUCAUCAUUUCCAUCACCAUUGCACAUUUGCGGCUUGCCUGCCCUGCCCUCCACUAGCCCACUCACAUACCCACUCCGGACAGCUCUCCGGCCCGUUUCCAUGUCUGUCGUGCCAGCAUUCCUUUCCCACCUGCGCUCAGCUCUGCCACCCACAGCCCGGCCAGUCUCACACUCGGCAGCAAGAGAAGGGAGAUAGGACUGCCAUGACCUCAUCUUUGCUACACCCAUGUAUGCACUGCACUGCCUCCUUUCCCAGGCCGUCACAGUUGCUGCAACAUCAGCGCUCUGUCCAUUCCCACAAACCAGCUGGAUUCAUCUGCACAGAGUGUGGCAGGGCCUUCAAUUCACACAGCAACCUCCGCAUCCACCUCAAUGUACACAGCGGUGCCCGGCCCUACUCUUGCACUGACUGUGGAAAGAGUUUCAGCCAGUCAGGGGCUCUGAAGAUCCACAGGCGGAUUCACACGGGAGAAAGGCCUUACUCCUGUGCAUUCUGUGGGAGGGGGUUCCCCCAUUUGGCAGGGGUCAGGGCCCACCAGAGGACCCACACGGGAGAGAAGCCAUACCUCUGUAACCACUGUGGGAAAAGUUUUACCCAAUCAGGGGCUCUGAAGAUCCAUACCCGCAUCCACACCGGGGAAAGGCCCUUCAUCUGUAGUCUUUGUGAUAAGGGCUUUUCCAACCGCUCCGGGAUCCGCUUUCACUACCGGACAGUUCACGGGCUGACCCCAGAACCUGGAGGAGGAGUUAGAGCCGGGGUUUCAUAUCAAGGACUCGCAGGACCUGCAUCAACCGCUGGUCGUCCGAAGAAGGAUCUGUCAGCUAACAUGGGAUUAAAUACAUGCAGUAGCCCCGAGAGCGAGUCGUCUGCAGCUUUGAGUUCCAGAGGUCCUCUUGACCCAAAUGCAGCUCCCUUGGGGCCUGAUGAUAAGUCCCAGGCUGAGAGAGCGAGCCCAGACAGUAACAAGGUGAGGCUGCUGUAUACAUGUGAGGACUGUGGCCUGCACUUUAAAGAUGCUCUGUCCAGGAACAGACACCAGGCUGCGGCUCACUACUCUGAGGACGGGGAAGAGGGGGACACUCAUGAAGGGGCAAAGGAUGAUGGCUGAGGCACAAAUUGAUUUUGUUGAGGGAGAUA